AUGUUGGUGGAGGAGGCUGAAUAUUGGUGGGAGGCCACGCAACGCCUACUUACGGCAAGUGGCACCGGAGGAUUGACCUGGAACCAAUUCACUAAGGUUUUCAAUGACAAGUACUUUCCAGCUACCUAUCGGUAUGAAAAAGAAAGAGAGUUCCUUCGGCUAGAGCAAGGGGAUUUGACUGUAGCUCAAUAUGAAGCUAAGUUCAUUUCUUUAUCUCGUUUUGCCCCUUCGUUUGUGGAUGAUGAGGAGGUCAAAUGUCGUCGUUUUACAGAUGGGUUGGAUUUGGACAUCAAAUCUCGUAUCCGAGUAUUGGGAAUAACUAACUAUUCAACCUUGGUUGAUAAAGCCUUAACAGUUGAGAAAGAUGUCAUAGAAAUGAAGUUAGCGGAACAACAGAAGAAGCGCCACCUUAGUUCAUCCCAUCAUGAGAACACAUCUAAUAGACCGUCAAAGAGAGGUGGUCAUGGUUAUGGUUCAGUCAAGAGCUCUAGUGCAUAUCAAAAAAAUAGAGAGCAUCCCACCCCAACCCAAAGCAUUUCUAAUCAGUGUCAUGGACAGUCUAGUGGGACAUCAUCUCAGUUUACUCGAAGUGUUUGCAAGCAAUGUGGACGGGCACAUACAGGUGUUUGUCAUGCUGGUACCGACUUGUGUUUUCGUUGUGGCCAGAAGGGUCAUUUGGUGAAAGAUUGCACAGUUCCUAAAAUGACUAAUUUGGGAGAUACACGAGCUUGCUUCAAUUGCGAACAACCCGGACAUUUGGCUAGAGAUUGCACACGAACUGCUUCAUCUGCUAGUAUUGGAGUUGGUAGUAAUAAAAUUUCAGGUGCCGGCCGAGGGGGAAGCCGAGGAGGAGGUCAGGUUGGACUAGGCUAUUGCUUAUCCAUUACUACUCCUAUUGGGGAUUGUGUUAUAAUUGAGGAGGUAUAUCGAGGUUGUGUAUUACAGUUGGGAGAUAGGGAGAUGGUAGCGGAUUUAUUGCCUUUAGAGAUGUUUGAUUUUGAUUUGAUUUUUGGAAUGGAUUGGUUGGCUUCUUACCAUGCUUCGGUGGAUUGUUAUAGGAAGAG